GUCCCGCCCCCUGACUCUCGGCUCUAGACCCUGAGUCUGGGGCGGGGUGCAUUCGGCCGGGUUACCUCUCCCAGCCGAGGGGGGGACGGCACACCUCGGGCUUCGCCAUGGAGGACUACCUGCAGGAUUGUCGAGCCGCUCUGCAGGAGUCCAGGCCUCUACAUGUUGUGCUGGGCAAUGAAGCCUGUGACUUAGACUCCAUGGUGUCUGCUCUCGCCCUGGCCUUUUACUUAACAAAGACGGCGAGGGCAGGAGAGAUCUUUAUACCGGUGUUAAAUAUAAACCGUGCUGAGCUUCCUCUACGCGGGGACAAUGUCUUCUUCCUCCAGAAGGUUCAGAUUCCAGAGUCUGCGCUGGUUUUCAGGGAUGAGAUCGACCUCCACGCAUUGCACCAGGCUGGCCAGCUCACCCUCAUCCUUGUUGACCAUCACGUCUUACCCAAAAGUGACGCCGCUCUGGAGGAGGCGGUAGCAGAGGUGCUGGACCAUCGACCAAUUGAGCAGAAAUACUGUCCUCCCUGUCAUGUUUCAGUUGAGCUGGUGGGGUCCUGUGCUACCCUGGUGGCAGAGAGAAUCCUCCAGGGGGCGCCAGAGAUCUUGGACAGACAAACUGCCUCCCUACUGCACGGUACCAUCAUUCUGGACUGUGUCAACAUGGAUGCAAAAGUUGGAAAGACAACCCCAAAGGACAGCAAAUACGUAGAAAAGCUGGAGGCCCUCUUCCCAGAUCUUCCCCAGAGAAAGGACAUCUUUGAUUCUCUGCAAAAGGCAAAGUUUGACGUCUCAGGCCUGACCACUGAGCAGAUGCUCAGGAAAGACCAGAAGACCAUCUACAGACAAGGCACCAAGGUGACCAUCAGUGCAAUCUACAUGGAUUUGGAGAUCUGUGGCGUCCUGGAGCAGUCCACCUCCCCAGCCUUGAGGCUGACCCCCAUCCCGAGCCUCUUCCCUGACCUCCAGGCCUACCUUCAAGGCAACACCCAGGUCUCUCGCAAGAAACUUCUGCCUGUGCUCCAGGAAGCCCUCUCAGCCUACUUUGACUCAAGGAAGAUGCCUCCGGGGCAGCCUGAGGUAGUGGGAAUGUCCAGGGAGCAGGCGGACAAGGAACUGGACAGGGCAGGUAACUCCCCGAUGGCUGGACUGAGUCAGGAUGACGAGGACCCUCCGCUGCCCCCCACGCCCAUGAACAGCUUGGUGGAUGAGUGCCCUCUGGAUCAGGGGCUGCCUAAGCUGUCAGCCGAGGCUGUCUUUGAGAAGUGCAGCCAGAUCUCGCUGUCCCAGUCGGCCAGAGUCUCCCCAUCAAAGAAGUGACUGUUGGGAGGGGUGGGGAGAGUGGCGGAGGUGGCUGCCCACCUCAGGUGCAUGUUUGGAGAUGUCUGACCAUUUCAGCAAGCGUGUCUGUUGCUCCAGGAUCUGGUGUACUGUUCUCCUAAAGCUGGGAGGGAAGAAAGCAGCUGCUGUGAGAAUGGCUUCCUGCCUCUCCCAGCCAGUCUCUACCAGUCAGACAAGUUUUAUUAUUUUAUUAUUUGAUCUGCACUGAUUUUCCUCUGUUCGAAUUUUGAUGGGUAUGGUGUGAUAUGCCACUGUCCUAGCAGAGCGGGACUGAAGGAAUGUAGACCCCAUCUCCGUGUCUUCAGAAGGCCCAUGGAUCUGUCAUGAAACCAACUACUUGUCUUCUUGAAUUCUCCAUUUCAUUUUUUAAAAGUUCUUGAGACAGAGACCCAUGUAGCCCAGACUUGCCUUGAACUUUAUAUGUGUCUGAGGCGAGCCUUGAACUCCUAAUCCUCUUGAGUGGAAUUGUAGUCAUGUAUAACCAACCAUACCUGAUUAGUCUCUCAUCUUUUUUUUGUUUGUUUGUUUGUUUUGUUUUUUUUGAGACAGGGUUUCUCUGUAGCUUUGGAGCCUGUCCUGGAACUCACUGUAGACCAGGCUGGUCUCGAACUCACAGAGAUCCGCCUGCCUCUGCCUCCUGAGUGCUGGGAUUAAAGUCGUGUGCCACCACUGCCAGCCUCGUGUCUCAUCUUGCACCUGUGGCUGGACUUCCUAUUUCUUUGCCUGCUUCUGUCCCAGGGUCACAGGAAGCCUGAGGAGACCGGGAGCAUCAAGAGGUUCUUGGCUUCAUGGAGCACCCAGGAAGGCUGUUCGUACCUUGUAGGCAUUUUUUUCCCUAGGAGGGCAGAACUCGAUUGCGCCAUGGAUGUCUCCCGCCUCAGUGGCUCUGGCAGGCUCUCGUCUAUCUUUUCUGGUGUUGCUCAUGUUAAAGAAAGCAUGGGUGGGUCUUCUGGUGAGACAUUUUUCUAUCUGUAAAUGAGGGUUAGGAGUAGAUGUUCCCGGUAUCCUGUGACUUGCCCCCUCUUUAUGUCAGCCUUUCCCUCCUCUGCUGUCUUCCCUGGGAGUGCUCAGAGUUGCUGGAUUGUGUGUGUUUAUUUGUGAUUGUACCAAGGGACUUAGCCUCAUGUAGCAUGUACAGGGAUACAUCAUGACCCGGCAGCAAGCUCUCUCCCAGUGACUGGUCUGCAUGUGUGGUCUCUCCCUCUCCCCCCUUUUUUUUUUUCCCGGCCAGCCUAUUUUCCCUGUUCUUACCCCAUUUAAAUUGCAAACAAUAUUGAUGAACUGUAGGAUGUGGCGGUUUGGGGCAACCCGACUUCACUUUAGGGUAUGAUGUCUGUAAGCCAUUGGGAACGUGAACUAUUGGUGCGAUCACAACCAAAGGGAUUGUGUCCUGUGACUUUGGUACUUUGUUUUGCAUUUUUGUUUUGUAUUAAAUACUUUCUUCCUGUUUGA